GGCAAGAUCUACAUAGCUCCGUGGAGGGUGUAACGCUAAAGAUCAUUCUGCGUGAGAUGCUCAGGAUAUCUGAGCAAAAUAAUUCAUGUAUCCACACGCAGGGCUGGUAUAUAGCCAGUACCUCUUAAUACGCGCUGCCGACGCGGUGCUGAACCCAUAGGAGACGCUGAUCAUAAGAGGCGGAGCGCGUCGGAAGCCGCUCCGCGACCUCACAACGGUUAGUCUCUCAAGUGUCCGGAACGGCAGGCGGAGGAUGGACUUCGAGCAGCUGAUCGACACAGCGGAGGAGUGGUGCUCCGGGACCCCCUUCGAGCUCAUAGCCGCCGAGUGCAGUGACGAGAGGCGCCUGGAUUUCUAUGCCGAACCACGGUUCUCCUUUUACGUCCUGUGCCCAGACGUGAAUUGUGACACCGAUAGUUUUCACGUCUGGAGUGAGAAUGAGGACUGCCUGCCCUUCCUGCAGCGUGCCCAAGAUUAUAUCUCGGCUUGUGGCAGGAAGAGCCUCGUGCAGGUCCUGGAUGAGGUCUUCUCUUCCUUCAGGCCACUCCUGGACCUCCCUGACACAGACGACACAGAGACGUUUGAGCAGUACCACACCAACGUGGAGGAGGAACAGGAGACUGACCACCAGCAGCUGGCUGUCAGCCAGCAGUAACCCCACACACAUUGACCACACCCACCCACCGCGAAGGACCGCCUCCCACUGUCAUCCCAGUUCUGGGUUCUCAGACAUCAGAAUAUGCACACUGCAGAUAUUUGUUUUGUACUUGAAAUAAGGAGCGUGGUGGGCAACAUAGUAUUCAAAUAAAAGAAUAGAGUAAAGCAGAUGGAUCGCGGCUUAGUGUGUCAUAAAUGCAAAUAUUAAAUGACGUCUAAGCCAAAUGGUAAUAAUUUCGUUCCUAGUCUGUAUGUUCUCAUGUUAACAGCAGGUCAUUAGUUUCCUCAUAAAAAUGUACAGAUAAUUGUUUUUUUUUGUAACAUUACAUAAAGCAUGGCUGUGCUUAGUUUUAAUGACAUUUUUUAUUAUUUUAAUUAGUCUGAGCUUUCAGAGAGACAAACAGGAUUUUUGUGAGUGCCUGCAUUGUAUGUUAUUGGAGCUGAACUGACCAGCAUGGAUGUAAGGAAAACUUUGCUAUAGUGAGCUUGAUAAGACCUUAGAGUGACGUUAGCACCCGUGACUUACACAGCAUCUUCUCCUGCUUAAGUUAGGCCUGCUGGAAAAGUGUUACAUCCAAAUAUAUCUACUAAUAUUUAAGAUGUAGAGGGGUUACAAUUCGACAAAUUCAAGUAAAAUAUUAAACCCUUAGAAUAACUACAUUUGUAUACAGUAUGGAGUUGAUCAUAUAUUUGUCUUAGACAGAGUGGGCUUCUCAGUGUGUGUAUGAACAGAUGUUUGGUGAAAGAGACAUGCUGUUGGGAAAGAUAUUGAUUUCAAUUCCCUCCACAUACUCGUUUUGUAAUGGAGGUGUAGGCCUGCUGCACUUUAAUAGGAGUAGGAGGCAGGGACAGACUAUGGGUUGUGUGGGCCCCUGGGCAAAACGUUCGCGAGGCCCCCCACCACCACCACCACAAUUCAAGGGCCCUUGGCAGCCAAACGCCCUCCCUAUAGGGUCAGGGGCCCUUGUAGGCAGAGGAUCAAAGAAUGUAGGCCCUCUAAAAUAGACAAACGAAAAUACAUUGUUGAUAAGCGUUGCAAAUUGUUUUGGGCUAGGGGCCCCACUGGCCCCCUGCACCCCAAGGGCCCCUGGGCAGUGGCCCCGCUGGCCCGGUCCGUAAUCCGUCCCUGGUAGGAGGGGUAGGUCUGUCAUACCUUAAUGGGUGUAGAAGAUGGAGGCCUGUCACUUUAAUAGGUGUAGGAGGGGUAGGCCUUUCUCACUGUAAUAGAUAUAUUAGGUGGAGACCUGUCUCAUUUUAAUGGGUGUAGGAGGUGUAGGCCUGUCCUGUUUUAAUGCGUGUAGGAGGUGUAGGCCUGUCCCCUUUUAAUGCGUGUAGGAGGUGUAGGUCUGUCCCCUUUUAAUGCGUGUAGGAGGUGUAGGCCUGUCCCCUUUUAAUGCGUGUAGGAGGUGUAGGCCUGUCCACUUUUAAUGCGUGUAGGAGGUGUAGGUCUGUCCCCUUUUAAUGCGUGUAGGAGGUGUAGGCCUGUCCACUUUUAAUGCGUGUAAGAGGUGUAGGCCUGUCCCCUUUUAAUGCGUGUAGGAGGUGUAGGCCUGUCCCCUUUUAAUGCGUGUAGGAGAUGUAGGCCUGUCCCCUUUUAAUGCGUGUAGGAGGUGUAAGCCUGUCCCCUUUUAAUGCGUGUAGGAGAUGUAGGCCUGUCCCACUUUAAUGCGUGUAGGAGAUGUAGGCCUGUCCCGUGUUAAUGCAUGUAGGAGAUGUAGCCCUGUCCCACUUUAAUAUGUGUAGGAGGUACUGGUCUGUCUCCCUUUAACAGUGUAAAGGAGGCAUGAGCCGUUCGCAGUGUAUCGGCUGUAGGAGGUGUAGAUUCUCCUGGUGGUGCUCCUGACAGCUGUGUGACAUUGUGUGCCAUUUUAUUCUAAGGGACAGAUGGUCGGACGCAGAAUGUUAGCUCAUGAUUAGAAGCGGUGCAACAUGAGCUUGGUUUGUUUCUAUAUACAUACACUACAAUCCUUCUAAAGUCUAAUCAUCACUCACAAGGCCGUGAGUAAUUUAUUUUUAGAUGAAAUAUACCCAUGUGCUUUAUGCCCUGUGUCGGGGUUCCAUGUUGUUUUUGUAUUUCUUUAUAAGAUUAUAUCAAACCUAUACAGCUUAUAGUAACAUUAAUUUUGAUCCUGGACAGUUUUUUCUGUCUUUUAUUUUAUGUUCUCACAACACGAAUGAGUUGGUUUCAGAAUAUAUAUUAAACUAUUAAACCCGUUUGUGUAUUGUUGUAUAUGGUUGAAUAUAGCUACCACCCUAAAAUAUGACUUUCCUGUAACUGCCUUUUCAACAUAACCAGUGAUGUAAUUCAGAAUAUAUAUUCAUAUUUGUCAACAUAAGAACUUUAUGUGUAUGGAUCUCACCCCCCCCCCCAAUUUUCAGCAUCUGAUCCUGUAGCUACAUGUUGUAACUGCUCAUUAUAUCCACCUGACACUCCUGUUUCCCCCCCUGAUGAGCCACACCUGUUGCUUGUUGCUCCUCGUUAGUCCAUGUAUUUCAGUACCUGUUUGUCUCGUCAGGCCCAGUCCUGCCAUUGAAGUCAGUCCUCUUGUUGCCUGUGCUCUUCCCGAUCCCUCUCUUCCUGUUUUGACCCCUCGUGGUCCUAUUUAUUUCCCUGGUCUAUUCAAUAAAACCCCCUUUUGUUCUCCUAAA